AUGGCUCCGUCUGCGACUGUUACCGUCAACGAACCCCAAAAGGAUGCCGACGGCACCAAAAUCGGCAUCGCAAAGGGAGCCAGGCCCUCGCCGCCUACAUUUGAUGAUCCUUACAAGGAGCGCCAGUACUUGAAGGAGAGACUUGCCUUGGCAUUUCGAAUCUUUGCCAAGUAUGGGUUUGACGAUGGUGUCGCUGGUCAUAUCACCGUUCGGGAUCCCGUAGAGCCAACGACAUUCUGGGUCAACCCGUUUGGCGUUGCUUGGCCUAUCCUGAGGGCAUCCGAUCUGAUCCGUGUAGACUCGCGUGGAGAAGUCGUUGACGGAGGUGCCGUCCGCCUUCUCAAUGUUGCAGCGUACAUGAUUCAUCACGCUGUUCACGAGGCGAGGCCCGAUAUCAAGGCGGUGGCACACUCUCACAGCAAGUUUGGCCGAGCUUUCAGCACAUUGGGCAAGAACUUGGACAUUACCACCCAGGAUUCGUGUGCCUUUUACAAUGACAUCGCACACUACGAUAGCUUUGGUGGCAUCGUACUUGGACCCGAGGAGGGCCAGAAUAUCGCCAAGGCUCUGGAUCAAAGAAAGGCAGCUAUUCUGGCCAACCACGGUCUGUUGACUUGCGGCACGACCAUUGAGAGCUGUGUCCGUUGGUUCAUUAGCCUAGAGAGCUGCUGCGAGACUCAGCUGCUCGCCGAUGCCGCCGCCGCCGGACUGGGACGUGAGACGGUCAAGAUUAGCGACGAGGAGGCUGAAUUCACGUACAAGACGGUCGGUCGGGAAAUUGGGGGCUGGUUUGCAGCCAAACCUGCUUUUGAUCUAAUGGAGCAUGAGUCGGGUGUGGAUUAUAAGUUUUGA